AUGGCAGCGCUUUUGUGGGCCCAGCAAUGCCCACGGAAAGAUGGUGAUGCGGUCACAGCAAAAGCUUUUGCUCCUACGCCGCUUCUAUUGUCGCGGCUACGAUUCGAGUGGAGCCGUAUACCGACUUCGAGGUCAACCCUUAUCAUGGUGAUCACCGGCACGGUUCAAGGAUGGACAACGGUUUUUCUGCCACGAUUAAAAAACGGCACCUACAACAACUUGCCAUUCCCAAUGACGAACGAAGAAAUAUCGUGGAUCGUCUGUUUGAAGGGAAUCGGUUCUAUAAUCGGCCGACUGUUAGCUUACAAUUUGGUCCACGUCAUCGGUCCUAAAAAUUGCCUUUUGUUAUCCUGCCAAUGUUUCGUCUCAGGCUGGUUCCUCGUAUUGAGCGCGGCAACGUUGCCAACAAUGUACGGCGCCCGAAUAAUCCUCGGCACAGGUGUAGGUAUAUCCAACAUGGUGUACCCUAUGUACAUAUUGGAAAUGGCGGACGGCAGUGUGAGAGAAGCGUUGACCACGUUGUCGGUGACGAGCGUGCUUUUCGGAUGGCUGAUGAGCUUCACCGUGGGAUCUUUCGUGUGUGAAACAACGCUCGUGAAGAUUCUUCUGUACGCGUCGAUAUCGUUCAUCCCGUUGCUGGCAAUUUUCCCCGAGAGUCCUCUCUUCUUGGUGAGGAAAGGUUAUGUGACCGAAGCUUGCCAGGCGAUGUCAUUUUUCAAGAAUACACCUAACCUCGACGAAGCGAAAAAGGAAUUGGUGUUGCUUAUACGAGCGCAUUCGAGCAACGGACGAAAAUACAGGUUCAAGAGCGGUCGAAUUUCGAACGAUGAAUUACGAAGUAUUACGAACGGAAAUAGAAAACGUUGGUUGAAAAAGUUGUCGCUCGUGCUACUCCCGAACAACAUAUACGCCCUGUACAUUGCGUUCCUGUUGAUCACGUUGCAACACUCUAACGGGUAUUUCUGCAUUAUGGAAUAUUUUCUGAUAAUAUACGAGAAAAAUAUGAUCGACGCGAAUAUAGCGAUGAUCUUGAUUCUGACCACCUCGCUUGUAUUCGCCUUCUACUUCGGCAUCACGUUGAGAAACGCGAGAAGACGAUGGCGUGUGAUGAAAUCUACGAUCCUGUGCAUGUGCGUGUUAAUUAUCUGGGCCCUCGAUCUUACGUUCGUUAACAGAAUUAACAACAGUGUGAGCGUCAAUAACCUGAUAAUAGUGUUCGCAAUUUUGUACCAGAUAACGUUUCAAUUAGGGCUAGGGAUGAUACCUAACGUGAUUAUCGACGAAAUAUUUAGCCCGGAAUUGAAAGACGUAGCUUAUAUCGUCGUUAUGAUUUACGACGAUAUCCUUUAUUCGGCCAGUCGAAAAUAUAUCUAAGGUUUAGCGAUAAUGUCGGACUCGACUCGGUAUAUUAUUAUUUCGGAUUGACGUGCAUUUUUUUGUUCAAGUGUAUUGAUUUUUUAAUGCCUGAGUCGAGAGGUAAAACGAACCGUUUGAUGCAAGAGAUCUUAAGAGAGGACUUCAUCUAUAUUUUAGGACUUAAUAUACUGUAAGAUUAAUCGAGUAAGAUAUAUUUUUGACAUAGAUGAGGGGAUGAAUUGCGUUACAAAAUUUUUCUUUUCAUUAUGAAUAUUAAAAAUUUUGCAUCUGUGAUAAAGUGUA